CUAAAGUACAGGGCUUUGAAUUUUCGCCAAACAAAUCUUGCAACCCCAGGUCCAAUGCCCCGAGGACACACCCCACCAGCCCCGGGUCGGUCUAGAGACUAGAAUCCAAUCUUGCGAAGGUACUGAGGCUGCAGCUCUGUUGGUUCGAGACCACCUACAUUAAAAUCGUGAGGGAAACGAAGAAAGUUCUUCUAUUUGUUUGAGAACAGCCUCUGUGAAUCCUUCAAAUGCACUUUACCCUUUUGUAAACCCGAGGAUUUUGAUGCAAUUUCCUCCAUAAAGGUUUCAUAGGAAUGGAGUCGUCGGAAGAGGUGAGAAAUUGGCUUGACUUGCCUGGAGAUGUUCUGUCUCUGGUAUUUUCGAAGCUCGGCGUCUUUGAUGUCCUCUUUAAUGUCCAAAAUGUCUGUUCUUCCUGGCGAAAAUUCUGCAAAGAGCCCCUGGUCUGGCUUGCCAUCGAUUUGCGAUAUCCGUGGCCUGAUAUGGAUAUUGAUCUAGAGAAGGUGGCGAGGCAUGCCAUUGACAGGAGCUGCGGGCAAUUGGUUGAGUUUUCCGUGGAUUACAUCUGCACUGACGAGCUUUUGCGAUACAUCACCGAAAGAUCCUGUCCACUGAGAUGCCUUCGGCUCAUGUCAUGCCAUAGAGUAACAGAUGAUGGAUUGAUUGAAGUAGUGAAUGGACUUCCCUUGUUGGAGGAGCUUGACCUAUCCUACUGUUGUACAUUUUCAAACAAAGUACUUGAAGUCAUUGGUUGCUCCUGCCCACAUUUGAAAACCUUUAAACUUAACAGCCGGAGAUUCAGGAAUUCAGAUGUGGAGUGGGAUGAGGAGGCAUUUACUAUUGCUGGGUGCAUGCCCGAAUUGCGCAACCUCCAGCUUCUUGGGAACCAAUUGACGGAUGAUGGCCUGCGAGCCAUUCUUGAUGGUUGUCCCCACCUUGAAUCUCUUGACCUGCGUCAGUGCUUCAAUGUGAAUCUGGGAGGGGAGCUGCAGAAGAGAUGCGCAGAUGCAAUUAGAUGUUUAAGCCUUCCUAAUGACUUCGAUUAUUGUGAAAUUGAUCCUAACGCUCAUGGUUAUGAAACGGUGGAUGAGGACUACCCAUCUGGAUUUUCUGAAGUUGACUUCCUGUCUGAUGAUGUAUAUUAUGAAUUCUCUGAUGGCAAUGACUUGUCCGAUUAUGGAGAAUUUGUCUUCUGAAUAAGGGUCUCAUGCUAUUUGCUAUUCUAACAUGACAUGUUAUAUCCCCUCUGAAGAAAAUGGGUACCUGGGGUCGGGAUCAGCCUUGAUAAGCGCAUGACAGACCGAGGAAAAUAGGUAUUUUUGAUGGGGAUCAGAUAUUUCCAGGAUGUUUGUGUACAAAGAAUACCAGUCGUCUGGUAGCCAAAAAUUGCUCCAUACUGCUCUUGUCCUACAAUGUAAACUGUUUGAAUUCCUGGUUAUGUGAUAUAAUUAUGUAACAUUUUUCUACCAUAAUAUAAUGCUGGUUUUUACUGAUU